UUAUAAAAGGUAUCCAAGAUGACUUUAAUCGUAAGAACAUUCUUUUUAUUAGUGUCUUCUGUUUUGUAUUGUUGUGAAUCAAGAGACCAAUCAUACUAUUUGUCAAGAUGGGCAAGCGACGUAUCUUCCGCUGUCCACCACCAGAAGUCACUCGACAGACCUAAUCAGCAGAAGUCAAAGUUUACGUCUGAAAGUCGGAAAGCAAACCCAUCAAUUGAUAACUUUCAACUUCACUCGAAUGAUUACAUUUUACGCAGCUCGAUUCCGCCUAUAUCUUUUGACGUUCUGCAAUCUUCCUUCAUAACGGAGACGAACUCCCAUUUACCCAAGCCAAGAUAUUCUUCUCAUCUGUACGAAACCUCGCUGAAUGGUACCGCUGACGAAAGUUUCCCGACAUUGAUCUUCGGUCGCCAGCAGUUCUCUCUCUUGCCAUCCAAUCAAUCAUUGUCUGAAAAGUCGAAUGUAGACACACUGGGUUCAGGACUCUCCGUGUCGUCUUCUCGAGACCUGAAAGCCAGACAGGCAGGCUUGGCGGGGGUCAGCUCAACAGCGGCGUUGAAAGAGAACACAUCAACAUCCCGUGAGUUGGGGCAGUUGAUGAGAGACGAUGAGCGCGAUCCAAGACUUUUCUCCACUCUGGUUAAAGCCUUCCCGCUGUUCUCGCUGGUCAAGAUCCCGGCGACGUCGUGCGUGUCGAGCACGGGCGACAACGGCACCUGCUACACGGCCGGACAGUGUCAGACGCUGAAAGGCGCCGCCUCCGGAACCUGUGGCGGCGGCUUUGGAGUCUGCUGCAUAUUCCAAGUGACAUGUGGCGGUGUGGCUUCGCAAAACUGCACGUACUUCGUCAAUGAAAACAAUCCGCAAUCCUACAACGGAGUAGGAUCCUGUCAAAUUUCUGUCGAGAAACUUAACUCGAAUGUCUGUCAAUUGAGGCUGGACUUUCAAGAGUUUACGCUAGCUGGCCCUGAAACAUCGAAUCAUUUGUGCACCAACGAUCGCUUCACCGUCUCUGGAGGGACGACCACCCCCACCAUCUGCGGCGUCAACACUGGCAGCCACAUGUAUGUAACCCUGGGACCUGGCACGACCACUCCUCCUGUUCUCACUGUCGUCACACUCGGUGCCGACUUCGAUCGUAAAUGGAAGAUCAAAAUCACGCAGAUACCGUGCAACUCUGCAUACACAGCUCCGUCCUACUGCACUCAGUAUUACACAGGCGUUACUGGCACGGUUACAAGCUACAACUAUGACACCACCUCAGGACGACAACUCUCCAACCAAGACUACACCACCUGCAUCAGGCCUGAGAAAAACUUCUGCGGAAUACAGUACUCGACUUGUACAGAUACUGUGAACACGAACGACCCGCAGUCAUUCACCAUCACAGGCAGCAACACGGCCACCGUGGGAGGACGCGUGGGCGCCGACACCUGCACUAAAGACUGGCUCGUCAUCCCCUGCCUGACCACCAACUCCCUCGCGCCCUUCACCAACUGCCAGGACCGCAUCUGUGGUGACGCCUUCACCCUCACCUCCGGCAGCACACAGGACGCCGUGCUUUACAGCUACGUGCGCCCCUUCAACAUCAUUUACCACACUGACGGCACGGAAGCUUCAGCGUCUCCCACUGAAGUAAAUAACCGCGGCUACUGCCUCAAUUACGUGCAGCAGCCUUGCGUCUAGAACUUCAAACGCCUGCUUCCUUGAUUAACAUGCUGCUAAUUAAAUAACUUCGUUUCAUCAUGAUACGGUUCUGUGACCACUAAUCAUUGUUGCAAUUGCUUAAUAAUUUAAUCAAUCAAUAAUAAAAAUAUUUUCCCUCGCCAACUUUUUAUACCAAAACAAGAACAAGGGAAUGUAAAGUCUCAAAGCUUUGAUCUUUUACCUUGUCUUAAAAA